AUUGUGUUCACAAAACCUCAGUCCACUCCAAUACAAAGCCUCCUAAACCCUUCACUCUUCACACUCGUUCCGCCUCACACCGGUGGUCAAUCUCUCCUCCGGUGCCCUUCAAAACCAGAGCUUCAGCCAUGGAUUUGGGAACCUCUUCUCUUUCUCUCAAUACUAUCCCAACUAAAUUUCUCAGACCCAUUCACUCUUCAACUUCAUCUUCAACCCUCUUUCUUCUUCCUCAACCUCGGAACAACCCAUUUCCUUUGAAAGCAACUCUUAAAGAAUUCAACAUCACCGCAACACAAAAGAAGAUGUCCAGAGAACUGGAGUAUUCGAAUUUGACAGCUUUAUCGCCUUUGGAUGGUCGGUAUUGGGGAAAAGUCAAGGACUUGGCUCCUUAUAUGAGUGAAUUUGCCCUUAUUUAUUAUAGGGUUUUAGUUGAGGUCCAAUGGUUGAUAAAACUUUCACAAAUUCCAGGAGUGGAAGAAGUGCCUAGCUUUAGUGAUGAUGCUAGGUCUUUUUUGCAAGGUGUUAUUGAUGAAUUCACAGUAGAUGAUGCUUUGGAGAUAAAAAAAAUUGAGAGAGUUACAAACCAUGAUGUCAAGGCAGUGGAAUAUUUCUUGAAACAGAAAUGCGAGUCUCAUGCCGAGAUUGCAAAGGUGCUUGAAUUUUUUCAUUUCUCAUGCACAUCUGAAGAUAUCAACAAUCUUGCUCAUGCAUUGAUGUUGAAAGAAGCUUUGGACAAUACCAUAUUACCUGUUGUUGAUGAUUUGAUUGGGGCAAUUGGUAAAAUGGCUGAGGACAAUGCUCAUAUUUCGAUGCUUUCUCGCACCCAUGGACAGCCAGCUUCACCGACAACUUUGGGGAAGGAAAUGGCGAUAUUUGCUGUUAGGUUAAGUAGAGAAAGAAGGGAUAUUUCUCAGGUUGAGAUAAUGGGGAAAUUUGCUGGUGCCGUUGGUAAUUACAAUGCCCAUCUUGUUGCAUAUCCUUCGAUUGAUUGGCCCCAGAUUGCUGAAGAGUUUAUCACAUCUCUUGGAUUGAGUUUCAAUGCGUAUGUUAGUCAGAUUGAGACACAUGACUAUAUGGCGAAAUUGUUUCAUGCAAUUUAUCGACUUAACAAUAUAUUGAUUGAUUUCGAUCGAGAUAUAUGGGGCUAUAUCUCAUGGGGUUACUUUAAACAAAUAACUAAGGCUGGAGAGAUUGGAUCUUCAACUAUGCCUCACAAAGUGAACCCAAUUGAUUUUGAAAAUAGUGAAGGCAAUCUCGGUGUGGCUAAUGGAACUCUUUCUCACUUGAGUACAAAGUUGCCCAUCUCUCGAUUUCAGCGUGACUUAACCGAUUCAACGGUCUUGAGAAAUAUGGGUGUUGGAUUGGGACACUCUCUUCUCGCAUAUAAAAGUACACUCCAAGGAAUUACAAAACUUCAGGUGAAUGUUGCUCGCUUGAGUGAGGACUUGGACAAUUGUUGGGAGGUGCUUGCCGAACCCAUCCAAACUGUAAUGCGAAGAUACGGUGUUCCUGAACCAUACGAGAAGCUCAAGGAACUUACACGAGGACGAGCGGUUAACAAGGAAAGUAUAAGAGAGUUCAUUGAAGGUUUGGAGUUACCUAAUGAAGCAAAGACAGAACUAUUGAAACUAACCCCACACAGCUAUGUUGGAACAGCUGUUGAUUUGGCUCUAACCACUGAGAAAGCUGUGAAAUUGGUCAAUGGAAAGUGUUAGGAAUUUUCAAUUUGUUGUUUAUUUAUAAUAUUUUUUAUAACAUUGAAAACCAAUAUAGAAGCAAAAUGUUGUACCAAGGUUCAAACAAGGCUCCACUUGUUGAUGGUGGAAUAGGCUUUGUGCCCCCUUUUUGUCUUUUGAUUUAUCUCCUCUCAUUGAAGAUAAAACUGAAAAGGAAAAUAAAAGUUGAGUCUUUUUUAGACAUAA